AUGGCGCUAUCUGAAUCUUGCUCUAGAUCACCUCCAACAGGCUUAUCACGAAAAUCCAGUAUUCCUCGACGAAGCAGCCACCCUUUAUCCAUCUCCAGUAACAAUAGCCAGAACCAUCACCAGAACCUGAGCUCGAACCUGAACCUGAACUUGAACCUGAACUUGAGUCAGAACCAUGACCAGAGCCCUCGCCGUCACCACCAUCACCCAGGUGGUCUCACAACAUCGUCUCAUUUAACAAUCAAAAACAACAACAACGACGAUGAGUUUUUGUCACAUUAUUUAAAGUCUCCCGACAUGAGGACUACUUUAAACGACCACCUGCUAUAUUUCAAGUCGAUCGAUAAGCAAAGAAAACUAGGUCCGUUGGAUAUUUAUCAACAGUACUUGAACCAAAACACCCAGAAAAAAUACCAUCUUUACUUUCAAAAACAAAACAAAAAGGAUAUCAUUUAUCAACAAUAUGUCAAGGAAAUUAGUCCCGGUAUCAGUCCUCGCACAGAAACCUUGAACAGGCGUCAAGGUGAUGUGGAAACCAAGGCACCGCCGGGCGAGCCCAAGAAGCUGAAAUACACGAGAGAAGACACGUCCAUUACUGAACCUAUAAUCACCAGACGACUAACUAGCGAGUUUAUGGACUGCCCCAUUGAUUUUCUAAUCAUUUUGAUAUCGAGAAUGCUCAAAUCGUUGAUCACGCUAAAUGACAAAUCUGUCCCCACCUCGAUAUCAAACCCGCCGGCUGCUUCGGUGUCAACUGCGCAACAGCCUACCAACAACCUCUUGACGAGGUAUCAUUCUCGAACACCUCCCGCGAUUUCGACAUUCACCUAUUUGACUCGUUUGACGAAAUUCAACAAUUUCAACCCCACCAUUCUAUUAACAACCAUCUACUACAUCGAUUUGCUAUCGCACCAGUAUCAGCCCUUUUUCACGCUAAACUCAUGGACAGUUCAUAGAUUUCUACUAGUUGCAACCAUGAUUGCCCAAAAAUCGUUGGAGGACUUUUUUUACACCAACGACCACUACGCUAAAGUUGGAGGUGUAGCCUUGAGCGAAUUAAACUGCUUGGAAUUGGAUUUUCUAUCGCGGGUAGAUUGGAGAUGUGUUCCGGGAAAGCAAGAAAUUGAUCCAUCCUCUGGUGUUUUGAAAAACAAGAUCAACUAUGCCAAGGACGUUUUGAAAUUGUACUAUUGUCAGUUGAUUGAGUUGAUGGGUAAAAACACUGUGCACGAUGAAAGUGAAAUCGCCAAUGGCGCAUGCAAAAAGUUGCAUUUUUUGAAAGAAGAAGACGAAGCAGACAUCAACAGCAAACGAGAUUCUUCUGGCGAAUCGGAAGAAGUCAAUGAAGAAGAUGGCGGGGAAGAUCUGGCUCAGCCAGAUGAUGAUGAUGACCAAUCCGAUGACGAUGGCGAGGACGAUGACGACUAUGAUGACGACGACGAAGACGAGGAAAUCUACUGCAGCGAGGAUGACUACGAGGAGAGGGACGCAGAGAACGACGAGGAAAACGUCAAGGUGUAUGGUUACCAUCCUAAAAACACUGGUCCUGAUUUCCGCAUUUACGACAAGAACGGUAAUAGCCUAAAUGGAGUAUCGUCUCCUCAUUUGAAAAGAAGAUACAGCAGUGAUUGA